ACACGAUCACUUGUUCACUGACUAUCUUGGACGUGCACAGCCUGGCUUUACACUUUGUUCAGGGGAAGAUCUGUUCCGUCACCUGCAAGUGUCCAGGUGCGUGGCUAGGUGUGUGCCUUCCAGAACAGAAGCUGACGGACUCUCCUGUCCAUGACAAGCUGUAUUGGAAAAUUGUAAAUGACACCCCCCCCCCCAACAAAGGGGUCAGUCUUUGUGCUGAGACUGCCCUGUCCAUGUGGACCCCAGCAGGUGCUGUCUGCAGGCAAGUGGGCCCCAGAAUCUCUGUGUGCAAGGAGUGAGGAGUGGCAUGGAGGAGGGGGUGAGGAAGCUCAGAUGGCUGUCCCUCCUCAUGGAGGAGACCCUGGAAUGGGGAACAGUCAGUGUCUCCCUAACAAAUGAACUCAGACUGUGAGUAUGCUUGGGUGUGGGUGCCUGGACCUCGCUGACCUGUGUGUCCAUCUUUGGGCCCUAAUCUGGAAAACUCUUAUAAAUCUGUCCCAAAUCUUAUAAUUCAGCAGCAUCUUGCAGGAGUGUUUUCAGAAAUACCAUCUUCUGUGUUGAAUUCUAGAGGCGUUCUCACCGACCUGGGUGGGGUGGAGAAGGGGUGCUAGAGACUGUGGGUUCUUCGUACGUCCAGUGUGGACUCCAGUGUCUACCAGCCAGAGCCCUGGGGGGCAGACAGAGGACCUCCCUGCCAGCUUUCUGGCGAUAGAGGUCAGGCGAGAGUCCCUGGAGGAGAGGAAGACCCGCCACCAGACUCAGCCAGACUUCCUCGGAGUCCCACGUGACUGUUGACCUCUGUGGGCCGCAUGUGUGUGGCUGGUGUUCCCUCCCACUUCCCAGGGACACCCUUGCUUCUGGUGGGGCUGUGCCUCCUGCCAGGAGGUCCAUGCCUUUGUUUACUGUGCUUCUCUAACAAUGAGGCUUUCUCAAGACAAGGAUCCAAGGUUGUUGCCCGCCAGGAGUUCUCUGUGACCCACACCCUUCCGUCCACUCUUGUGCUGUGGGCAGCUGGUCGCCGUGUCCUUCCUUCAUGUUGGCCGUGCUUGACCUGCAGCCAGAAGCUCCUGGGACACUCGGACAUGAGCCAGACAUACCCGUUCUCUGAGCACUCGCCUUGGAGCCUUCCUGACGUGGGGUAGGCCGUCCAGGGGCCAUCAUCAUGUGUGCAGGGGUUGGGACACCCAUGUUUUCUGAGUCACACAGAAGUGGCUCCAGAGAAAUCAUAAGGAAGGACGCAGAAUCCGGCUGGUGCCAAUGACACACCUGGGCACGUUUCCAAGUGUAACUUGCAUUUGGAGAGGGGCCAAUUAGUCAUGAGGGUUAGGGCCAGACAGACAAAACACCUGCAGCAGAAUCCAAGUUCUGGGACACAGACCGGAAGAAGCACAAACAAGGGAGACAGCAGCUGCGUCCCGUGCUGUCCGGACCCCCGCAGCGCAAACAUAAAGGCUGCCCGGGGCAGGAGCCUCCAGAACUCACCGCGCUCCUCUCUGACUCCACUCCAGCCCCACGCCACCAUGUGCCACACCAGCUGCUCCACGGGCUGCCAGCCGGCCUGCUGCGUGCCCAGCUCCUGCCAGACGUCCUGCUAUGUGCUCAGCCCCUGCCAGACGUCCUGCUGCAUGUCCAGCCCCUGCCAGACGUCCUGCUGUGUGCCCAGCUCUUGCCAGCCGGCCUCCUGCACCCCCAGCUCCUGCCAGACGUCCUGCUACGUGCCCGUGAGCUGCAGGCCCGCCCUGUCCGUGAGCUGCAAGCCCGCCGUGUACGUGGUCCCCUCCUGCCAGUCCUCUGUGUGUGUGCCCGUGAGCUGCAAGCCCCUCGUGCUCAUGGCCUCCUCCUGCCAGUCCUCUGGGGGCUGCUAGCCCACCCGCCCCGACGGUGAGAACGCCUCUAGAAUUCAACCCUGCUCUACGGACCCGUCUCCUGUAGCACCCCGUCCUGCUUCUGACUGGGAUCCCCCCCAGCUGCUCCCAGGGCACAGGGGGCCACAUCUGCGCCCCUCCUGGAGGAAGUCUUCAGCACCCUCCGGGUUCUGCACAGGCAGAUGAAGAACGUGCCCAGUGGACCUUCGAAAGCCCAUGGUGAGGAUGUGGCAGGAUGACCUGGAUCCCUCUGUGACCCAGCAUGUUCCCUGUGGGAGGCCUAGUUUCCGGGGUCCUCUGUCUCCAGUGGGAACCAGUCAUCUGUGAGCCCAAUAAACCAUGCUUUCCUGAUGCA